UAUUCUCGCACUCUCUCUCCUCUCCCCUCUCUCUCUCUAAAUUGUUACAGUCACUGUCCUUAAAAUACCGUCACCGAAACUCCACCCAGCAAUCCAGAAGGCACAAUCUCAGAAUCCUCUCUCUCUCCUCCUCGUCCUCUCUCUCCACAUAUACAUAUAUCUACACGGAACUGUAACAGGUCCGUAUAGAUAUAUAUAGGUGGUGGUGAUGGCGGGAAACGACUGGAUAAACAGUUACCUUGAGGCGAUACUGGAUGUGGGGCCGGGGAUCGACGAUGCCAAGUCGUCUCUGCUCCUCAGGGAGAGAGGGAGGUUCAGCCCCACUCGCUACUUCGUCGAGCAAGUCAUUGGCUUCGACGAGACCGAUCUUUAUCGCUCCUGGGUCAAGGCUGCGGCUACAAGGAGCCCGCAGGAGAGGAAUACGAGGCUGGAGAACAUGUGCUGGCGGAUUUGGAAUUUGGCCCGCCAGAAGAAACAGCUGGAGGAAAAGGAAGCUCAAAGGAUGGCUAAACGUCGGGUUGAACGUGAAAGAGGCCGCAGAGAAGCGACUGCUGAUAUGUCUGAAGACUUCUCCGAGGGGGAAAAAGGAGAUACAGUCAGCGAUUUGUCAGCUCACGGUGAAAGCCACAGGAGCAGAUUACCCAGAAUUAGUUCUGUUGAGACGAUGGAGGCUUGGGUUAGUCAACAGAAAGGGAAAAAGCUGUACAUUGUCCUAGUAAGCCUUCAUGGUUUAAUAAGGGGUGAAAAUAUGGAGCUUGGUCGUGAUUCUGACACUGGUGGCCAGGUUAAGUAUGUUGUUGAACUAGCAAGGGCUUUGGGUUCAAUGCCAGGAGUAUAUCGGGUUGAUUUACUCACUAGACAAGUUUCUGCACCAGACGUAGAUUGGAGUUACGGUGAACCCACUGAAAUGUUGCCUCCAAGAAACUCUGAUGGUUUGAUGGAUGAGAUGGGGGAGAGUAGUGGGGCUUAUAUUGUUCGCAUUCCUUUUGGGCCAAGAAAUAAGUAUCUCCCAAAAGAAAGCCUGUGGCCUUACAUCCCUGAAUUUGUUGAUGGUGCUCUUAACCACAUACUACAGAUGUCCAAAGUACUUGGCGAGCAAGUUGGAGGUGGACAUCCAGUUUGGCCUGUUGCUAUCCAUGGACAUUAUGCCGAUGCGGGCGAUGCUGCUGCUCUUCUAUCAGGUUCUCUAAAUGUACCCAUGCUUUUCACUGGUCACUCACUUGGUAGAGAUAAACUGGAACAGCUUUUGAGACAAGGUCGACUAUCAAAGGAAGAGAUUAAUACAACAUACAAAAUAAUGCGCCGAAUAGAGGCCGAGGAGUUAGCUCUUGAUGCCUCUGAGAUAGUCAUAACUAGCACUAGACAGGAGAUAGAAGAGCAGUGGCGUCUUUAUGAUGGUUUUGAUCCAGUACUGGAGCGCAAGCUACGAGCCAGGAUCAGGCGUAAUGUGAGCUGUUAUGGCAGGUUCAUGCCGCGCAUGGUUGUAAUUACCCCUGGAAUGGAAUUUCAGCACAUUGUUCCACAUGAUGGUGACAUGGAUGGUGAAACUGAAGGAAAUGAGGACCAACCUACGUCUCAAGAUCCACUUAUUUGGACUGAGAUAAUGCGCUUUUUUACUAAUCCACGCAAGCCGAUGAUACUUGCCCUAGCCAGGCCUGAUCCCAAAAAGAAUCUCACAACUCUGGUCAAAGCAUUUGGGGAAUGUCGUCCAUUACGAGAGCUGGCUAAUCUGACCUUGAUAAUGGGAAACCGAGAUGAUGUUGACGAAAUGUCAAGCACUAGUGCUUCUGUUCUUCUCUCCAUACUUAAGCUUAUUGACAAGUAUGAUCUCUACGGUCAAGUGGCAUAUCCUAAACACCACAAGCAGUCCGAUGUUCCCGACAUCUACCGUCUAGCAGCAAAGACAAAGGGAGUCUUCAUUAAUCCAGCUUUCAUUGAGCCAUUUGGGCUUACUCUAAUUGAGGCAGCAGCUUAUGGUUUGCCGAUUGUCGCCACAAAAAAUGGAGGUCCUGUUGACAUACUGCGGGUACUUGACAAUGGUCUUCUUAUUGACCCCCAUGAUGAGAAGUCUAUUGCUGAUGCUCUUUUAAAGCUGGUUGCAGAUAAGCAGCUUUGGGCCAAAUGCCGACAAAAUGGGUUGAAAAAUAUCCACCUGUUCUCAUGGCCAGAACAUUGUAAAACUUAUUUGUCACGGAUAGCAGGUUGCAAACCAAGGCAGCCAUGGUGGCAAAGAAGUGAUGAUGGGGAUGAAAACUCAGAGUCAGAUUCACCUAGUGAUUCCUUGAGAGAUAUACAGGAUAUAUCCUUGAACUUAAGGUUUUCAAUGGACGGAGAAAAGAAUUCAGGCAGUGGCAACGCUGAUAGUCCUUUAGAAUCUGAUGAUCGGAAGACUAAGUUGGAGAAUGCUGUUUUUACAUGGUCAAAGGGUGUCCUAAAGGGCUCACAAAAGGCUGGGCUUUCGGAGAAAGCAGAUCAUAAUAGCAGCGCUGGAAAAUUCCCAGCGUUGAGGAGGAGGCAGCAUAUGAUUGUUAUUGCUGUUGAUUUUGACGAUAUAACAGAUAUAUUUUCAAGUGCUAGAAAGAUAUUUGAUGCCGUGGAGAAAGAAAGGAGUGAAGGGUCUAUAGGGUUCAUAUUAGCAACAUCCUUUACUUUGGCUGAAAUACACUCUUUUCUCAUCUCAGGGGGACUCAGUCCUACUGAUUUUGAUGCUUUUAUAUGCAAUAGUGGUAGUGACCUCUACUAUUCAUCUCCUAACUCAGAGGAUAACCCCUUUGUUGUUGACUUGUAUUACCACUCACAUAUUGAGUACCGUUGGGGUGGGGAAGGGUUGAGGAAGACUUUGGUUCGUUGGGCGGGUUCUAUCAUUGAUAAGAAGGGGGAAAAUGAAGAGCAGGUUGUAACUGAAGAUGAAAAGAUUUCAACCAACUAUUGUUAUUCUUUUAAAGUGCGGAAUCCAGGAAAGGUUCCCCCCGUCAAGGAAGUUCGGAAAUAUAUGAGAAUUCAGGCUCUCCGGUGCCAUGUUAUUUAUUGCCAAAAUGGAAGUAAGAUUAACGUAAUUCCGGUAUUGGCAUCACGUUCCCAAGCCUUAAGGUAUCUCUAUCUCCGGUGGGGUGUGAACUUGUCGAAAAUGGUGGUUUUUGUUGGAGAGAGUGGGGACACUGAUUACGAAGGAUUGCUAGGUGGCCUACACAAGUCUGUAGUCCUAAAAGGGGUAUGUACAGGUGCGAUCAAUCAACUUCAUGCCAAUAGAAACUACCCACUUUCUGAUGUGCUUCCAAGCGACAGCCCCAACAUUGUUCAAGCUACUGAGGAAUGCAGCAGUGACGAUAUCCGGAAUUCGUUGGAGAAACUAGGGUUCGUCAAGGGCUAGGAAUUGUCAAUCGUGGCGUUUUGGUAAUUCUCUUUUUGUCGCUUGGGUAAUGAUCUAUGAAUCACCUGGAAAGCAUUCCCAUAGCGUUUCAUGGAAUGAUGGAACAUUGUAUCCCGAAGCUGGUUAGGGUUUCCUCAUGAAAACUUGGGAAGCUGUCCAUUCUUUUGCUUUUUUUUCCAUAAAAUUCAUCCUUUUGUUGCUUCAAUUGGCAUAUGGUAGCCACACCUUGUGUUGUAUAGCUAUUGUAUUUCUUCUUUCUCUGUGUAGUGGCUCCUUGUAACAUACAGGAUGAAGUUAGUUAUACAGUAAAAGGGAAAUAAAUUGGCCAACUUUGAGUUUUUUUUUUUU